UGGCAACAUUAUUGAUACGAGGCUAGAGUGAUCAACGACCGAGAAAUACGGGCAACGAUUUAUCGCAAUGGCGGACUACGAGCGUACCGUCUUGGAGCACUACCAGCUCUCUACCGCGUAUCCAGUGGAAUGGCCUGCCGAGAAGGAUAUGAGCGAUGCUUCAGAUGAGGAGGAAACAAAGCCUGCGCGAGAUGCCGGGAUCAGAAGGUCGAAGUCGAGAUACUCUGCGCUGGAGCGGGCUGCCAGUGACAGGAAAAGCAUUCUGCCAGGAUCCCAAAGAGGAGACAAUGGCGUCGAGACCAUGGUGCAAAGGGACGAGCCUGAUCCCUUGGGCACGACGGACAGUGUCGUUAGGAUUUUACGGCAGCUGGGUCUGCCAGUACAAGAGGAUCCCAGGCUACGGAAUCGAUUUCUCCUAUCUUCGACGACUUUCUCCCCAGCGCUGUUCCUCUCUCAAGUUCAUUCUACGGCUUCUACGCAAUCUCUUCUAGAUGGUUUAGAUGUUCUUUCGAGGUCAAUUGACCAGAAAUCAGCUUCCUUGAAAGUUUUAGUCGAGUCUAAUUUCGAGCGAUUCGUCCGGGCGAAGGCUACCAUCGACAAUGUAUACACUGAGAUGAAGUAUCGUGGUGUAGAGCCGCCUCAGCCACAGCCACGGCGGACACAUUCACGACAUGCCAGUAGAAAUAGCUUCCGGACAAGCAGUGGAAACCAAGCGGCCAUGGCCUUGUCAACGCCAGAUAUUAGGAAAAAGAAUGCAUUGACGAAAGAGAGUGAGUAUGGAGUGCUGGGAAUCAAAACACCACUUCUGGAUGUCUCUGCUAAGGCAGAAGAAGUCUGGGGUCCUGCACUUGGCGGGCGCGAGAAGGAAGACAGUCUGAAAAUCAUGGGUGGCACGGUCGAACGAUAUAAGGAGUUGUACGAGGUCGGCGCAGCUAUCACAGACAGUAUCAAGCGGAAAGACUAUGAGAGUAUAGUGGAAGAAUAUGCAAAAGCACGGCGUUUUGUGGAUGAUGCAAGAAAACUGUCGGAUGCUCUGGGAUCCACUCCUCCAAGCGACAUUCAGAUAUAUCAGUUGUUACUUGCAGCACGUGUCUGGAAUGAUGUUGAAGACCAGAUUGAAGAUUUCAAACGCGAAAUUUGGAGAAGACUUAUUGCAAUGCAAAGUGUUUCGACCCGAACUAAUGUAACAGGUGGCCCCCAGGAUCAGCAUAUGGAGCUGAUCGGUGUCUUACUUGAGCUUGGUGUAACUGACAAUCCAAUUUGGGUGUGGCUGCUAAGUCGAUACGAUCAUCUUAAGAGUAAAAUCCAGACGACUUCUGAGCGCUCCAAAAUUGAAAUCGAAAUUUCACGAAGACGGCUCGCAAAUAGCGAGAGGCCAACGACACAGAUCAUAGCAUCGCAUUUGAGAUCACUUGGCCGACAAACCGUUGAAGACAAACCUACUUCAGUGGACUCAACCGAGAUCAUCGAGCUCUGGGAGAAGAUGCACAUGUUCCUGAGCACGAUGUUGGGUGGUGACGGUAUUCUUGGGGAGGUUGUGGAAUUCUGGCAAACAGUUCAGAGUUUCAUUGACGGAAAAGCACAAAAGGCUCUUCCUGUUGGAAUCAAUGGAGAAUCUCGUCAACAUCACAGGCUGUCUGACCAAGGUACUCUCGAUUUACAGAAGGGAACAGUCGAGCUGAUUGACAUGAUCAGGGAGAGUAUCUUUGCAUUCUUCUCCGAGCCGCCAAUCGAAGAUAUUUCCUCCCUGUUUUCGCCAUUACCUCCAACUCCUCGGACUCCAUCAUCGUCUGCAAAUGGGCAGCUUACUCCAUCUGCGCUUCGAGAUACCCGGUUUAACCUAGAUCCAAAUAACUUGCCACCACCAUCUCCAAAGAGAGGCGAGGCGUGGGAGAAGCAUGCUUUCUGGCCCCCUUGGUCUAAUUCACUAAGUGGAGUACACUACCUGGGGAAACUUUUGGUUCUAGUGGGUACUGGUGCGAGCGAGAUGGCUGCAAUUGCUCCUGUCGGCAAUGGCGAUGGCUCUGCUCUCGAGCGGUUGAAGGGUCUCGUUGGCGAGGCUCGGGAAAGAUGUGUUAUUGCCAUCUGUGCAGCAUGGAAUAAAGACGCUGAAAAUAUUAAAGUGCUUGAGGACUGGAGACGAUCUCCAGAGAAACGAGAUCUUACCAGGAUGCCUGCUUAUUUCGGCGCUUUCGAAAGUGCUGUGUUGACAGGUAUGCAGAAGAUUCUGUACAUUUCCGAAGCGAUGGCCAAGUCAGACUCUACGAACGUUGUCUUCCCACCGCCAGCAAAACUUCUGCAGAUGGUUCGUAGUCAAUUUGUGACUACACUUUACAGAUCCUUAAGCGGAAUGGUUGAGAAUGCUGAGAAGUCAGUGAAGAAGGCUGAGGAUGACUGGACAACGGACAACGAUGGGCUUGCAAGCCCAGUGGCUAUGGUAGUUGCUACCAGCAUUGGAGCCGGAACUGUCAAUGCCAGUGAUCGGAACGUCCGCAUGCUCUUGACUUUAAGCAAUCUUCAAGCACUCCGAACAGACGUCGUCCCCAAUCUGACUACCCAGUUCGAAAAUGCCUUCUCCGUCAAGCUCACCGAGGAAACUAAAACCAUCCGUGACGUCCUCGGGCAGAUUGACGCACGUCUAUUCCAAUCAUACACUCGACCCUCAGUUAAUGCUCUUAGCGUCACCAUCCGCGAGGGCAUUUCAUCUCCCAGCUGGCCUCCCCGGCCAAAUGAGAAGCCCAAGGAGGUUCGUUCAUAUGUUUAUGAAGCACUUCUUAGCCUUGUGCUGGUACACUCUCAAGUAUCCACCACAGCAUCAACGCUCACUGCACAAGUCCUGUCCUAUCUCCUUGAGCAAACCUCGCGUGAGCUCCUUGAAGCAUUUAAGGCCCGUCAGCGGUAUAACCUUGCAGAACUCAUGCAAGCAACGCUCGACCUGGAAUUUGUAGCCCAAACUCUGAAUCAAUACACGACAGAGAGAGCAAGCGAGAUACAAAGCCAGAUUUACCAAGAGUUAGACAAAGGCACUGACAAUGACGCAAGAAGCAAACUACAGGGCGAGCUUCCCGAGAUGAGGGCUGUGCUCAAGAGGCUGAGAGAAGGCAGCAGGAGCGAGUUUGCUUGCUUCAAGAAGUCGAGGCGCCAGGAAAGGCCACCAGCCGUACCAGCACCAUCUCAGCCGCAGUCACAGGAAGGCCAAAUGAUCUAAUAGAGAAACUAUCAAGAUGUUCCCUUAGAAAUACUCUCAGCUCUAAAGAUAGUCGAGUUGUUUCCCCUAAAUGCUUCCGUAGGCCCCUCGGGCAAACUCAGUCCAUGUACUUGUUGUCAUUCAGUGUCUUUUAGUCGCUGCCACAUUAUACAUUUCAAUCCCAGCAUGAGAAGACGUGGCUAGAUGGCUGACUGUCUGUCAGCGUAACCUCGUUCAAAGUGAAUCAUGAGGUGCUAGUUGCUCUCAAGGUUCGAACAACCGGUGAUUCGUAUGUGCGUGCUGCCUGUGGUUUUUAUGGUACAAACUGCAUGAUUAUGUCACAUGCGAGGAAACAUAUUCAUCAGUUUAUUAAUUGAUUCUCUACUCUUGAAGUUCCUAAUAGCCAGGUUUCAUGAUGCUAUGCUUUCUCAGAUGCUUUCCAGGGAGUGAGAAAUGCGGAUCUACUGGAAUGUCCCUGUACAGGAUAUCUCCAGGAGCAGCUGUAAAAUGAAGUCUGCCAAGCAAGUGCUUUAGACUGAUCACAGGUAUUUCGCAUAUCGUUCAUUUUCUUAUCACAGUGUCACCCGCCCAUGGGGAUUCUGGAGAAACUAUCAGCGAAUCAUCCUGGCAAUGGUUUCUUUCACGACGCAAAACUGUCAGUGGACGGAGAAAGUAUGAUCUCUCGGCCAAUGACAAAGCCACGACCCACGCGACAUAUACGAGUCAUUGUCGCAGGACAUGAAUAUAGUCGCCCAGUUAGGCACCUUUUGAGCCACAAGCAUGCCAAACCGGGUGGGUAAAGAGGCUGAAGGUCGCUCGCCACCGGGUUAGCGCCUUUCUAAAGGGAAUUGAGACUUGAAUCUUUCUCUAUAAAUAUAGACAGACUCGUUGUCUCGAAGCCUUCUCUGAUUUCAUUCCAUAUCGCAGAUCUUCGAAACACCAACUUGCAUUCGAGUGUCAUUCUUCGACUUUGCAAAGACUUUCCUACACUUCCGCUUCGUAUUAAAACAACAAGGAGUACUUCACACUCUUUUUUAAACACUAAAAUCUUCAGGACAAGUUCGCGUUCUUUCAAAUAUCAAAACUUCACAUACGUCCUCUUUCCUUCAACAUGUCGAAUAACACUUCCGUCUCCUCUUCUGGCUUUGCCGCAUGGCGCUUCUCUCAUGAGACCAGUCGCUAAUUCCCCUUCUUCAAGCUCUGAACGGUCUGGCCCUGACUACCGCCUUGCGCCAUUGGGUCGAGAGACGGUGGAUCAAAGCGAUCAAAAUCAACCAGCCAAAUCUCAGGGCCGACAAAAGAGGAUUGAGAAGUGGCAGACGCUUGACUUUGCUGCGGCUGCUCCCCCUGGUCCGUCUCGAUCAAUUAUACGAGCUGGUUCUUGCACCGACGUUACGCCUCGUGGACCUCGGAUUUUACAACAGUCGUCAGAGUAAUAAUCCAAACUUCAACAAUGCUCAUCAUACAGCUGCUCGAGCCCAAGGCCCAGGACGUCCAAUUGGCAUGAAUGGAUUGUCCAGAGGUGUCAGCAGUUUGGCAACUGGAGGUCUCAGAACUCUCCCAGCCCAAGAGCCAAGGUAAUUGCCCUGUAUAUCGAGCCAGUCACGCAUGGCUAACAGACAGUAGUGUUCCGUUGACAUUAUUUACCAAUUUUGGGAAGCUUCCGGCUGAGAUUCGUCUUAAGAUCUGGGGUCUAGCUCUCAAUACUGAGCGCGUUCUAGAAGUCAUCUGGGAUGGUGCUGACGAGGAUCCUAAACACGCACGCCACUACCACUAUCGCAUAUCCCCACGUUCGGGCGCUCGACCAGCACUGAUGGACGUAUGCCACGAAUCACGAGCUGAGGCAGAGCGAUUUUACCUCUUUGUAGAUUUCACCACUACCAUUCAAAAUGCAGAUCAGGACUUCAAGAAGUGUGGUCCAAUCAUGACCUACUACAAUCCAGAGUGGGACAUUAUUCUAUUCGGUGAAUACUCAUGCAUAUGGUCAAUCGUCCGUGUCAUCCAGGACCAACGCCGUGCGAAUGUAGACAUCCACCGCAUCGCCAUUAUGAGCAGUGGUCAGCUUUUGAGAUGCCACGAUUGGAAUCACGAUGGUCCUAUCUAUGGCCCUGACCAGACGGAAAUCGACUAUGGCUAUGCAAUCGCUGGAGGAUGCACUGUUAUGCAGGCUCUCCACGGAAUCCAUAAGGAUGUUGCAUGGACUGAGAUGGAAUCGGGAGUCAAGGGACUGAAAGAAGUGUUCUUUGUUGUGCCCACUCAUCUCAUUCCUGGCAUUGCUGGGAAGGUGGAUGAGUCUAUCGGCUUUCGCCCAGCUCGAGGAAGUGGCCUGACUUCUGGUCAGGUCAAAGUCAAGAGCAAUCUCCAGAAGGAAGUCGACUUGAUUGAGGCAGGCGGCGUCCUGCCAUACUGCUCGGUCGACGACAGCAUGAACAAUUGGUCUGGAUACAACAAACCAGAAUUCAAGUUUGUUACGUUCACACCAAAGUCUCGCAUUGGUGGCAAGAUCUUUGACUCGAUGAUCGUCUCUUCUGAUGGCCUUCCCAGGAUCAACGGCAGAGAUUGGAAAUUCAUCAAGGAUGUUGAGCGAAAGUCAGGAUGUCAUAUGGAGAUCCCUAAACGUGACUAUCCAACUCAACCAUCGCGAGAGAUCGGGCUCUAUGGCACAAGAGCUGCCAUUGACAAGGCCAUCAAACUCAUCCAGGGUGAAUUAGAGCGUUUAUCAGGAACUAAUUGGACUAAGCCCACAUAUGUUAAGAUCGCACCUGGCUACUCGACAAAGCUUGGCUUGGAGUUUUACCACCCUCAAGCUGCAGCCACCAAGUAUUGAGCGGGAGCCUGAUGAUUGAUUUGAUCCACAGCAUAUGGAGGAGCGAACACUCUACUUGAGAAGCUGUCUCGUUUCAUUUCGCAUUGAUGGCAUCGGCGGCGAGAUUCAUCUGGUGAGCGGUUGUCCUUUGCGACACAUUACAUUUCACUUCACAUUCUUCUGUCGCCUGGCGCAGGCAUUGGGUAACAAAUUAAGAAGAGUAGGGUUGUGGGGGUCUUGUCGCGCAAACACUAGUGAUUUUCCAUCAUUUCUUUGCGGUAUCAGUUAUCAGAGGGUCUUCUCCGCGUUACCUUUGCUUGGUGUGUCUGCCAGCCAGGCUAUUGUUGUGAUCCACCAUCAUUCACGUCGACCAACCGGUUGACUAUCUUUUUCGCAUCUAACCUACGUGAAAUCACUGAGAUGCCCGUGAUUGUAUCUUAGCCAUUGGGAAGUCCUAAUGCUUCGCCUCAAUGAUAG